CAUUGACUUACACGAAACGUAUUUAUACAAAGCGUCGUCAAAACUCUUUAUACCUGUCGUUUUAGUUUAAUUUCUGUUCAUCUUUUCCUUCAGUAAUGGAAACAUCAAGAAGAGAAUUAACAACAAGAAAAGCAAAGCAAGCAGCUUUACUAUGGCUUGACGGAUUUACAGAAGCUUGCUGUCUUCACAGAGUAGUCAUUCUUUGUUACAGGUCAAGAAAGCUAUUGAUUAGAACAGGACAAUGCUUUCUUUUAAAUGGCUUCAUCUUCUUAGGAAGUUUGUUUGUCCUAAACUCAGUUGUCAUCCCCACAUUGCAAUUGAUUCUACCUGAUCAGCUCUCCAAUAUUAGUUCUCAAGAAACAUCAACAUUCAGCAGUAUUUUAAAACUUUAUUCGUUCUUACGCCAUGGACUCAUACAACUCUUUUACGUGUUUUGGUUCUACCCGUUAUACCUAUUUAGCUUUAUUUUGAGCAAUAUCUGGUAUAAUGAUAUUGCUAAAUACGGUUUCGCUGCAAUGGGAAGUAAUGAGUGUAAUUUAUUGGAACCCUCAAGCCAGAACGAGGCAGCAACAACUACUGACAAAACAGUUCUAACAGAAAAGCCUGCUGGUCUGGGAGGGGUUAUGAUUGGAAUUGGGGAACAGUUGUAUUCACUACUGCUUUUGAGUUUCUUUUUUCUAGAGGUUUAUGCUACUGGAUUCAUACCAUUUAUAGGGAAAGCACUUAACUUUAUACUUCUUGCUUGGAUGUACGCUUACUACUGUUUCGAGUAUAAGUGGAAUUUGUCUGAAGUGGCUUUGGACAGAAGGCUGGACUUCUUCGAGUCAAAUUGGGCGUUUUUUGCUGGUUUUGGAAGCCCGUGUGUUCUAGCUAUUUUCUUUUUCUCUCCUCUCGUAAGCUACGGCGUCAUGGCUAUUCUUUUUCCUAUGUUUGUUUUGACGGCUACUGGCUCAGGAGCUGAGCAACUUAUCUCCGCGCGAAGAAGAAAAUGGAAAGGUGUUGGAUAUGGACGACUUCCUAUAUUUUACGCAGCAGAUAAACUGUCGAUGAGGAUAUUGUCACUCGUCCACUUGGAAUCUCGAGAACGAAUUCAAGAUACAAAAGCACAAUAAGUUACUACUUGAUUCUUACACUUUGUAAAAAUUCAAUUACAUUUCGGCAUGUGGUUCAUCGAAGCAAAUUCGCUCAAAAUUGUACAGAAAUCAAAGGUGAAGCAUUUAUACCUUUAAGUAGAUCGAAGUUAUAUCUCUCGUUCAUCUCGUAUUACGCAUUACGGGAGGUUUAUACAGCUCUUGUAUCAUGAAAACUGAUUUUUUUUAGUUUGGUUCGGUUUCUAUCAAAUGCUAACACUUCACGUUAUCAAUGUGAAUCAUAUAUAUUUAUA